AUGGGUCGUAUUCCUUGGAGCCGUGCACUGGUCGCAUUUAUGCUGCUAUGGUUUGCCCAUUCAAGUCUGGCUGCGGUUGAUAGUCCGUCACGCGACCCCUUAUCCGCGCUCUCCAGUGUCCAGAUCGAAGAAAAGCUACACAAAUGCCCCCUCGUCCAGCAACUGGACCAAGAAAAGCUCGCGAGCGCCGAUCAAUCCGGCAGCCUCUCCUCGCAGAUCUUCUCCGUCCUCUUCCCCGGCAGCCCCGCCACCAACGCCCUCCUUGCAACCCUCUACAUCUCUGGGCCCCCGAACUUCCUCCUGGCGCUCUGCCCCCCGACCAUCGACCCCUCCUCCCUAAGCGUGAUGGUCGCGUUCGCCGUGGGCGGGCUUCUGGGCGAUACGUUGUUCCAUCUCCUGCCGGAGAUUUUCCUUGGAGAGGACUCGCCGGAGCACGUACGGUUCGUGAUGGUGGAGCCGAAUCGGAACUUGCUGUUGGGGGUGGCGAUCAUGGUAGGGUUCCUGACGUUUGUGGCGAUGGAUAAGGGGUUGCGGAUCGCGACGGGUGGGGCGGGACAUGAGCAUGGGCAUGGGCAUGGGCAUGGUGCUGAGAAAGAUAUGUCGACGGCUGUUGCUACGGGAGUUGAAAAACAUGAUGGAACGCGGUCCCGAAAGGGGGGGAAAGUGUCAAAGGGCAAUUCCAAAGAUGGUAAGGGUUCAGAUACUAGAAAAGAUCCUUCGCCUAGCAUCAAGCUUAGUGGUUACUUAAACCUGAUUGCCGACUUCACCCACAACAUAACGGAUGGCCUUGCCAUGUCUUCCUCAUUCUACGCAUCCCCAACCCUCGGCGCGACCACUGCCAUGGCCGUAUUCUUCCAUGAAAUCCCCCACGAAGUCGGCGACUUCGCCCUCCUGAUCCAGUCCGGCUUUUCCAAACGUGCCGCCAUGGGCGCCCAAUUCAUCACCGCCUUCGGCGCCCUCCUAGGCACCCUAAUCGGCAUCGCCGUCCAAGAACUCGGCGGCUCCAGCAGCGGCGUCACGGCGGAUGCGGGCGCGUUGUCCCCCGGGAUUCUGGGGACCAGUCUCCGGUGGGGCGAUAUGCUGCUGCCGUUCACGGCGGGGACGUUUCUCUACGUCGGCACGGUUGCGGUGAUUCCGGAGUUGCUGGAGACGGGGCCGGAUCGGGGGCAGGAGCUGAAGAAGACGGUGACGCAAUUUUUGGCGAUGUUUGUGGGUGCGGGGAUUAUGAUCGCUAUUUCGUGGUCAUGA